AUGGAGAGCCUUCUGGCGUCCUAUCGGGAAGGUUGCUCCCGAAGCAACGUGGCCCCGGUGCAGUCGCUGAUACGAGAGCUGCAGGCAGUGAUCGACGCCGGCACUGUCCUCCACGAGUUCAGGCUCAGGGGCGGCAGCAAGGAGCUGUUCAAUUCAAGGAUUGGCUCGGCGCAGGCGAAGGCUUUGGCGUUCGCGCUGAAAGAUGACGAACAUAUCAACACGCUGGACGUAUCAUGGAAUCGCAUUGACGACGAGGGCCUGGAGUAUCUCGCUGAGGCUGUGCGGGCCAACACCUCUCUGGUCCGCUUGCUUCUGACGUGCAACCUUAUCGGCGAUCAAGGCGUGGACGCGCUGCUCACAGCCAUGGAUAGAAGGCCAGGAGAAGGCGUCAGGGAGCUCGUGCUGCGCGCUAACCGAGGCGUGACGGACGUCUCCGUGAUGAGAAUUGGCAAGAGCUUGCGCUCCAACACGUUCCUUCGCGCCCUCGACCUUGGACACACCUACAUGGGCCUGAAGGGCAUCAUGGCCAUCUGUGCAGCCAUGGUUGAAGGACAGAAUAGUCUAGAGGUUCUUCGUCUCGACUCUCCGAUUUUCACGGGGCCGAGCGAAAGCGAGGCGGCUAUUUCAUACCUCUGCAAAGCCAUCAACAGCGCACCUGCACUGCGGGAGCUGUCGCUCGCGCAGUUCCACGUCGACCAGGACUCCUUGCUCCGACUGUUCGGUCAGGAUCUGACGAAGCCAACCGCAUUGUCGCAUGUCGUGCUCUCCUCGAAUCGCAUCAGCGAUGGGUGCGGACCGGCGCUGCAGCGCAUGUUCGAGAUGUGCCCUGGCCUCGAGGUGCUAGAUAUGUCCGCAAACUGGAUCGGGGACGAAGGCGGUGUCGCCCUUGCUGAGGUCAUGCUCUCGUCGGCGACAGCAAACGCAAAUCUGAAGGCUGUAGAUCUGUCUUCGAACCGCCUGGGGGAUCCAGGGCUUUCUGCAGUCGCACAGGUGGUGCAAGAGAUGCCAAACCUUCUGAGCGUCAAGAUGUGGGGAAACCGCUUCGGGAAAGCAAGCGCAGAACUUCUUGCAUGCGCCCUGGAAGCUCGCCAGACACAGGGCGCUGCACCUGGGGCCGCGGCCGACUGCGUCCUCUACAGUAGCACUCCUCGAGGAGAGCCUCAGUUCUGGUCCGUCGCGCGCAGCUAA